GGUUACGAGGGGCGUGCCUCAGUCUUAACUGCGCUGAACGAACUGAAAGACUUUAUAACCGCUCUCUUUGUCUACAUAGUUGUUUCCGCUGCUAUUAACUCACAUUAAUGCUACAAACUCGACGAGCAACCAUGCAUCUUGGAAGCGUCUUCAUUCUUCUGGUUGUAGCUGUUGUUGCUGAGUCCUGUGAUUCGGAAACCCAUUAUAUAAAGGAUGGUAAAUGCUGCAAGAUGUGUGAGCCAGGUAAGAUGAUGAAAGAAACCGUCAACUGUGAAGACCCACUCUGCCUGGAUUGUGCUGAUGGGGAAUAUCAGGAGAAUUACACUAAGGAAUCUCUGUGCAAACGCCAGCCCCGCUGUGACUCAAACCUCAAUUUGCAGACUCCAGUACGUAGCAAGACACAAAGAAGUCUGUGUGUGUGUAAACCCAACCAUCACUGCAGCAGCCAAUCGUGUGAUUCCUGUGUGAAAAACAGAGUAUGCAAAGCAGGCGAGAGAGUGAGCAAACCUGCCAGCGAAAACAACGAUGUAGAGUGUACCCCAUGUCCCAAUGGUACAUUUUCCGAAGCUGAGUCAGCAGCAAUCUGCAAGCCUUGGACCUUAUGUGAUUCAGGAUUCAAAGAAGUUGUUCCAGGCACUUCCACAUCGGACAGAGAGUGUGAGGAGCAGAGUCAGAAACUUGCCAUCGUCAUACCUUUGGUACUGAUUGCGCUGCUCUUGGUGGUUGUGGGAUGUUUAGGUUUCGUUUAUUACAGAAGAGGCAAAACAGGAUCCACAUCAUUUGUCAAAAUGGCACAUGAAAUUUGUGACAACAGAAACACCCCGCAGCCCAUUGAAGACAUCGUGCACGUAGAAAUCGAACCGGAACCGGAACUUCCUGCGCCCAAUCAGCCGCAAGAAGACACUGAUGAGGAUAUUUUGAAAAAUGAGGAACCCUUACUCCCAGGCAUCUCUGAAAAAGGACAACCUGUCAUUCAAGACAACAGUAAAUCCUUACUUCUUUCUGAGGCCGAAACAGAGCCGGGAAGCUUUCAAGUCCGUUUGUAAUUUCGUCAUCACACUUCACGUGCAUUAAUAUGCUUAGCAAAGCACGGCUGGAAUUAAGUGACUGUAUUCAGUAAUAAUAACAAUAUGUUGUGUGAUGUAGCUUGCCGCAACUUAAAACAAACAAACAGCAUGCGAUUUUUCCACUUGUGAAGCUACUGCAAUAUUAUCCAGUUAAUAUGAGUACAGGAAGUGAUAACAGAUAUGCUUGUCCAGCAAUUUCAGAUAAGAUCAUAUGUGUGAAUAAGUUAUAGACGUGGUUCAGGGUUGCACUACUUUUUUUUUCACUUAGUUGUAUAUAUUUGUAUUAUUGUGAUGUUUCAUUUGUGUUUAAUUUGUUAUAAAUCCAAUAAAGAGAUGUCUGGUUCA